AUGCUGCGAAAGACGCAACUGGAGGUUCCAAAGCAAGAAGAUGCUGUGGUAGAGACGCAGACGCGCGAAGCGAAAGAAGCAGCUGAGGAGGUCCAACCAUCGUUUGAAUUUAGUGACACGACUCAACUCGAAAGUCUAUUGCAAUACCAGCCAAGCAACGAACACCAAUUAGGAAAGUCAAACGUUACUUCCGGUGUGGUAAAAAAGGAAAUUGAAGACCUUGAUGCCGACAGUUUCACGGAAAGUCCAUCCAAUAGCGACGCGUUUGAAUUUAGUGAGAACGAUGACGAAGUUUUGGCAAUGUUAGACGAUGCUGAGUUGCAUUCGCAAUCGCCCAACAAGAAUGACUCUCCACCGGUAGUCACUCGCGCAUCAUCUUUCAAACGGCUGGCUUCUUCAUCACAGCUGCCACCAGAGUCCAAGAGGAGCACUAUGCUGCAGUCGCAAACUCAAACAGUAAAAGCUCCUGCUAGAAGCGGAGUAUCUAAGUUUAUUGUCACUUCGUCACCGCCGAAAAGCUUGCAUACGCAGACACUGCAGAGCAAAGCCUCGGAAUCAAAGGGCUCACCCGUAACCAAUCACCCAGUGGCAAACCCGCCUGCUGAAAGCAACUCUCCGCAAAAAGUGUUUGCACGGCCAUCUGCCAAAAUUUCUUCAUUUACGUACAGAGGUGGUACGGCUACAGGACCUCUGACUCGCAAUUACUCAACUGUUCCGCAACUAGAACGUCCGAGCAAGACUCCAAUCAAUCACCAUACAAUCCUCCUAGCGACACAGAGACCAUCCGUUGAAAAAAGCGAAAUACCUGAAGCUGAACAAUCAAGAAAAGUCGUUCAGCCAAUCAUUUUAUCAAAGGAGCAAGAAAUUGUCCUUCAAAAAGUCCUUCAGGGGACGUCUCUAUUCUAUACUGGAUCUGCAGGAACCGGGAAAUCAGUUUUGCUUCGAUCCAUAAUCAAGUCAUUGAGGCGAAAGUACCCCACUGGAGUUGCAGUCACGGCUUCCACAGGGUUGGCAGCUUGUAACAUUGGUGGAAUCACGUUGCACAGUUUUGGUGCAAUUGGUUUGGGGACUGGUACGGUGGACAAUUUGAUCAAAAAAAUCAAGCGAAAUAAAAAAGCGCAUGGUAGGUGGAGAGAUACAAAAGUAUUGAUUAUUGACGAGGUAUCAAUGGUUGAUGGCGAGCUAUUGGACAAAUUGAAUGAAAUAGCAAAGAGGCUAAGGAAAAACAAUGCACCUUUUGGUGGCAUUCAAUUGGUGGCUUGUGGUGACUUCUAUCAACUCCCUCCUGUAGUGAAGAAAAUCAGUGCUGAAGGUGAUACAAGAGAUGAUGUUGAAGCAUUCUUUUCGUUUGAGAGUUUGGCUUGGAAUGAAACUAUAGAAGAGACAAUUAUUUUAAAGGAAAUUUUUCGACAAAAGGGUGACCAAGUGUUUAUCAACAUGUUGAAUGAAAUGAGGGACGGGAGGAUUUCUGAAAAGACUGUUCAAGAGUUUAGAAGGUUAUCAAGACCAUUGGAAUGUCCUGCUGGUAUUCUGCCGGCUGAGCUCUUUGCAACUAGAAACGAGGUGGAAAGAGCCAACAAUCGACGCUUGAAUGCCUUACCUGGUGAAACUGUCAGUUACCACGCGAUAGAUUCGGGGUCGCUACAAGAGCCACAAAAGUCGGCACUUCUCCUGAACUUUUUGGCUCCACAAGAUCUUCUUUUGAAAAAGGAUGCUCAGGUGAUGUGUGUCAAAAAUUUUGAUGAGACUCUCGUUAAUGGCUCUUUGGGUACCGUUGUUGACUUUGUUGAUAAGGAUACAUAUAUGAAGGCAUUCAAAGACGGUGAUCAUGUCGAUGAAGAAGGAAACUUGAAAGACUUUAUUUUCAAUGAUCCUGACACAAGUAUAGGUUUGACAACAGCAACUUUGACUCAAAAAGUAAUGACUCAUGACGGCAAGCAAACAGAUGAUAGGAAGACGGAGUUGAACAAUGAUUUAUUAGGGGAUUUCAAGAAUAGAAAGUUUCCCUUGGUUAAGUUUUUAUCACCCGAUGGGGUCAACAGCAGGACUGUGCUUGUUGAGCCAGAACAAUGGACAGUGGAGGAUGAGGAUGGGCGCGUACUUGUGUCUCGUGUGCAAUUCCCACUAAUGUUGGCAUGGUCGUUAUCGAUACAUAAAUCACAGGGUCAAACGUUAUCCCGCGUCAAGGUUGACUUGAAAAGUGUUUUUGAAACGGGUCAAUCAUAUGUCGCAUUGUCUCGAGCAACUUCGCGGGAUGGUCUCCAAGUACUAAAUUUCAAUGAGCACAAAGUACGAUCUCAUCCAAAAGUGGUUGAGUUUUAUAAAUCAUUGGUUGAUAUAAGCAAAGCGCACUCGACUGGGCAACAAAGACUCAACUUUGCAUCUAGAGAAUAG